AUGGACUUGUGCCAACAUCAGGAACCAUCUCCAUUAUUAAUCAAAGCAUCAGAAGAUUUAUUGGGUGAUGCUGAUGACUCUCAAGAUGGUAAAAGUGAUCUUGCUCUGUCCUUAGAUGAAAAUUCACAAACACCAUCUGAAAAACCAAAAAAGAGACAAUCAGUGAAAAGACAACCAAGUGGUUACAUAGUGUAUGCUGGUGAAAUGAGAAAACAGAUCACACAUGAAAAUCCUGAAGCAACAUUCGGUGAAAUAAGUCGGCUUGUUGGUACAAGAUGGAGAGCUCUUCCAAGAGAAGAUAAAGAAAAAUAUGAGGAAAGAGCUAAAGUGUUAGCAGCUCAACAAGCUGUGAAACAACAAGAAGCUGAUAAAGCCUUUAAUGAUACACUGAAUCGUUCUCAGAGUCCAUGGUCUGAAUCUGGACAUAUAUCACCUGGAUCUAGUGGAAGACCAAAUACUCCAGACUCAUCCACUUCAAUAUUUUUAUAG